AUGGUGUUCGAAAGCAUUGUCGCCGACGUGCUUAACCGCUUCGUCGGCGAGUACGUCGAGAACUUGGACAAGAAGCAGCUGAAAAUCGGCAUCUGGGGAGGCGAUGUUGUGCUCAACAAUCUCAUUUUGAAGCAGAGUGCUCUCAAAGAGCUCGACUUGCCUGUGACGACGCUGUACGGUCAUUUGGGAAAACUCGUGUUGAAAAUACCUUGGAAAAACCUCUACAGUGCACCAGUGGAAGCAAUCAUCGAUAAGUUGUAUGUGCUGGCCGUUCCAAACACUGACGUUCGGUAUAACGAAGAAAAGGAGCAACGAAAUGCGUUUGAAACAAAAAAGGCCGAGUUGUUGCGAAUCGAACAGGCAAAGAAGAUCGAAGAGGAGAAGGAGAAAGUUGGCCCUGUGGCCGACAAAUCGUUCGCGGAAAAGCUCACCACACAGAUCGUCAACAAUGUUCAGAUUAAAAUAUCCGAUAUCCAUAUCCGGUACGAGGAUACGACCACCACCGGACAUCCGUUUGCGUUUGGUGUAACACUGAGCAAUCUCAGUGUGCACACGACAGACGAGAACUGGGUGCAAACACUGGUUUCUGACUCUGUAACGAAAAUCUUCAAGGUUGCCCAGUUAGAAAUGUUGUCCGUGUACAUGAACUGUAACACGCAGUUGUUCCAGUAUUCAGAUCCGUCGCAUUAUAGAACACUUUUUGAGGAAUCUAUUGCGUCCAAAACACGCCAACCUUCUGAGUAUCACUACAUAUUUGGACCAAUCAGUUCCGGAGCAUGCCUCGAGAUGACACCGAAUCCGGAACUGGGAGAUACCCCGUUUACUUCGCCAAAGAUCAAGUUGAAGCUCUGCAUGGAAACGCUGGCAAUCGGCAUCACGCACGUGCAGUUUCAGAACACGAUGCAACUGGUUGAAGCAUUCGGACGUAUGAUGCGUGCGAUGCCUUAUCGAAAGUAUCGACCGUAUGGGUUCGGAUAUAAGGGAAACUAUAAGGAAUGGUGGUACUUUGCUUACUCGUGCAUCUUGGAGACAGAGGUACGACGCCGACGGAACAACUGGUCUUGGGAAAACAUGCUGCGACACCGGCAGAACUUGCGGCGGUAUGAAGAAGCUUACCGCCAACAACUUACGGCGAAGAAAAUCACACCAGAAAUGAUAAGUCGUAGCGAGGAAUAUGAGAAGAUCCUAGAUCUCCACAAUAUCGUUGUCAUCCGUCAGAAAGUAGCCCUAGAGGUUGAGAAGGAGGGUAAACGACAGGCGGAAGAGCUGAAAUCCGCCGGUUGGUUUAGCUCAUGGUGGGGUGGUGGAGCUAAAAAAGAGGACCAAUCUGCAGGAGGCGAUAUUAAGAAACAAUUUGAAGCGGCCAUGACCCCCGCAGAAAAGGCAAAGCUGUUUCAAGCGAUCGGCUAUCAGGAAAAUGAUAUGCCUACGGAGCUGCCAGAACACUACAUAGCGCAAAUACUACAAUUCGAGUUGAAUUCAUUGCAAGUAUCGAUCAAAUCGGACCUGUCGGACAAGGAGGCAUCCAUUCUUGAGCGAGUGAUGCUGUUGGAGUUAAAGAACGUGGUCUGCGGAGUGCAACAGCGUCCAUCUGCAGCUGCCAUGAAAGCAUCGUUAGAAAUGCAAGAGCUGACAAUAUCUGGUCUUCGUCAGGGAGAGAUUCUCCCAAUUAUGGUGAAAUCUCAGCUUGAAGGUUCCAAGACGUUGCUUGAUGUGUCCUUUGAAACAAAUCCCGAAGAUAAACUUUGUGAUCAGCGGGUAGUGGUCACGUCCAGACCAUUGCAAAUUGUGUAUGAUGCUGAAACCAUUAUCCAACUGGCCAAAGUGUUCCAAACUCCCCGCACGGCAACAAUAUCCCAGUUAACGGAUGCAGCAGCGGAAAAGCUAGUAAACAUCAAGGAACGUUCUGCAACGGGUUUGCAAUACGCGAUCGCAAAACAUCCUCGUCUGGAGUUGAACAUUGACAUCAUGCCUAGCUACGUUAUAGUUCCACAUGGUGGCAUUUUUUCCAAUCGUGAAUCGGUAUUGGUACUCAGUUUGGGUAAACUGCUGGUCCAAACUGAACCACGACCCAUAAAACAACGGGACGUACACACGAUGCAUGGUGAAGGUGUCGGACAAGAGGAAAUUCUAUCGGAAAUCAUUCGUCAAAGCUAUGAUAAGUUUGUACUAGAAGUUCGCGACGUGCAAGCGAUCGUAGCUACUUUUGACGAGGAUUGGCAGGGAUCGCUUAGGAUGAAUACUGUUACCGAGCUGCAUCUGCUAGAGCCAACUUCGUUUCGCGUGUCAGCACACUUGUGCGUUAUUGAUGAUGACCCGCGGUUGCCAAAAUGCAAAAUAUUUGGUGUGCUGCCAUCGGUGAACAUUUGCGUAACGGAGCAGCGUGUCCUGGAGGUGCUGUCAAUUGUGAGCAGCAUUCCACUUCCGGAAAGCAACGAACAGGUGCAGUCUGCACCGAUUGCAAAGGACUCGAACGUAUUCAGUUCGAGUCUGUCGUUGCUUAAGUAUCUAGAUGAGCGGCAAGUUAAACUUCCGAAAAUCCAUCGUCAUCCUGAAGUGCUAAAUCCUUCCGACACUGUCGAUGGUGAUGUGGUACAGUUCACAGACAUGGAAAUUAAAUUUGAGUUACACGAAUGUUCGCUGACUAUUUGCAAAAUGAACGGAGGUGGAACUGGAAGCAGCUCUUCGGACGUUUUUGCGACUCCGACUGAAGAAUUUUCUCAAUCUCCCGUUGAGCAAGAAUUUCCACCACAGAAAAGUGUCGCCUUCAGCAUGCCGUACGAAUCAGUUGAAACAAACCAGCGUAAAAUAAUUGCCUUCAAGGUGAAGCAAUUAGAGAUGACUAUGGUUCAACGAACGUACGACCUGAAGGUGGCGCUAAAGCUAGGUGCAGUUACACUGGAUCAGUUUCGGUGGCGUAACGAGCAGGAACGUAUAUUGAAUGUGAUUCAAACUCCUAAGUAUGAUAACAACGACGACUAUUUGUUUAGUGUGAAUUACAAUAACUGUAAAAAGAACAGCCCCGAGUUUGCAACAAAGUAUGAAUCAGUAGAACAAGAAGUGGUUAUAGAUUUCUCGACGUUGCUGUUAUUGCUUCACGAAGACGCUCUGAAUGAGUUGAUUCACAUUGCCAACGACUUUCAGGUGCGAAUGGAGGCAGUUGCAAAAAAACGAGACUCUGUAUCAGGAGCUAACAAUCAAAAAGACCACUUUGCUACAAUUCACGAGGAAGAGAGUACGGCAACUGCUUUGCUGAAUGCGGCCCGCGAAAGAUUGCCAACAAUUAUGGAAGACGAUGCCGUUGUUGCUAACACUAGCAAUAAAGCUUCUCGUAAACGUCAAUCAAUUGUAGAUAGUAUCAAGAUCAGAGUGAUUGCAAAGCUAGAAGACGUAACUGUGGAGCUGCAAAAUGACAAGAGAUCAUUAGCUGUGCUUGAGGUUAAAAAUCUUACCAGCAGUGUCAUUAUGAAAACUUCUUACACGGAGAUUAAACUGCGGUUGGAGGAUAUUGUCCUGACCGAUACGAAUCCUGCUACAAUACACAGCAAAAUAUUAUCCAUCAUCGGUGAUGAUGCACUACAUGUGCAAGUUAUUUUGUUUGAUCUCGACGCAACUUCCGAUUACAAUUCCGACAACAUGCGAAUUCAGGUGGUGAUGGGAUGUGCUAGAAUCGUAUUCUUAAACUGGUUCGUCACGUCAGUGUUGGCAUUCCUGGACAACUUCCAGGCAGCACAGCAGCGAAUCAAGGACGCAAGUGCUGCUGCAGCAGAAGCCGCGAAAAACAAUGUCGUCGAAGCAUACACACAAGCCACUCGAAUGAAGAUAAACAUCAAGGUGAAGGCUCCUAUCAUCAUUAUACCCGUUGACUCAAACAGCUUAAAGGCGGUCGCAAUGGAUUUCGGCCAUCUAAGCAUUACCAACAACUUGCGUGACGUUCCAACCGAUAAUCAGCAUGGUCCUGCGGUUAUCGAUGAAAUGAAGAUAGAGCUCAAAGAUAUGAAACUGGCCAAGGUUGAAGUUUUCCAUGCGGAAUCGAUUGGCGAAUCUUUUUCACGAUAUGGGUCUGAGGAUGUUAGCUACGGAGUUGUUCCGGAUCAAGGGGCCGUACUAAGUCCGACAAGUUUUACGUUGGUGAUGAAGCGUAAUCUCUCCUCCGGGUGGUACCGUGACCACCCAGAUAUGGAUAUCUCGGGUCGUCUUAAAGCAGUUGAGCUCAAUUUCAUAGCCACUGACUAUAGCAUUAUAAUGCAGAUAUUGUCUAAGAAUAUGACAGAAGGACAAGACGAAUUUAAAAAGCCGAUAAAAAUUGAAAAAUCCCCCACGAGCCCUCAUGGUAUUAAUCCUGCUACUACAACUGCUGAUAUUAACUUUUUACCUGAGGCAAAACCAAAUUGGUCAGCAGUGGCUAAAAAAGCAACGGCUAAACCAUUUGGUGUAGAUGUUGGUCAACUGAAAACGGCAGAAAACACUUCGUCAGAAAAGAAAUCGGAACCGGUAAAGAUUGACACGUUUCUUAAAUUCAGCUUCCAAGUGGAUAGUAUCAACAUAAAACUCUUCACUGCUCCGGAUCAAGGAUUGGCGGGCUUUGAAGUGUUUUAUUUAUCCUUGCAAGGUAGAAAGCUAACUGACGGUAGUCUAAACACAGCGAUAGUUCUUUGUGAUAUUCGGCUGGACGAUAUUCGACCAAAUCGCGAAAACAUGCUUACCAGACUAAUGGAGCGUCGCUCAAAUGAAUCAUUUAUGGAGAUUUCAAGCGUUUCUGAUGGAAAACAAGAAUCAGAAUCAUCGAUGGUUACUCCCUUACGAUCGAUGAUUAACAUUACCUUCAACAUGAAGGAAAAUGAUAUGUUCGCGGAUGUGAAAGUUUCCAGUUUUAACCUGAUCCUUUCGGUGGAUUUUCUGCUGAAAUUGCAACAGUUUCUUCAGCCGGAAGAGUUGACGGAACAAAAGGCAAUGCAAGUAGCCGAAGUAGAGCAGACAGAACGGUUACGGCGUGCUAGCACGACUAUGGCGACAACCAACCAGCAGCAAGAGACCGGCCAGAUUACACUAAUUUUAAAAAUUGAACAACCGGACAUCAUCCUAGUAGAAAAGAUGGACGACAUCGACUGUUACGCAUUGAUUCUCAACAAUGAAAUAUCGCUGAACGUUCGACUUAUUGGAGAGCGGCAAAUUAUCAAGGGAGAAUUGAAAGAUCUCUGUUUGUAUUAUGCAGAAUUCAAUCCCGAAAGGCGCAAUACAACCAAACACUAUGUUGUUCGACCGUGUUCAAUUAGCUUAAACGGGUCGACUCCGGAAGGACUCGGUUUACAUUUGAGCAUCAAUUCUACCGAAAUCGAACUAUCUGUAUCGCCAGCCGUUAUCGAGUUGAUGAACAAUGCGCUACAGACAUUGACCGCCAAGGAACAGUCUAAAUUAAGCGAAGAAAAUACUAGCACUGACUAUAACGACUUGUGGACUCCAAAGCAGUUUGAUCCCGAACAAUAUUGGUUUAUUCAGACAGAUGUUGCUGAGGAUGCGUUAAGUCUAGAAUCGAUGCGUAUCGUUGAAAUUAAGGAGGAAAAAUGCAUGAUCGACAUACCUUGCAUAUCGCUGAUUGUGGAAACAGGAAUUGGUACGAGCACGAUCCCGAUGCUCUAUAUUAAAACAAGUUUGGAAGGCUCGGUGGACAAUUGGAGCUCGGAUAUGAGAAUAACCAGCUCGCUGCGAUUAAGUAUGUCCUACUAUAAUCAGGCGCUUGCUCUCUGGGAAUACGUAAUUGAACCAAACGUGGUGGAGCAACCAUAUGGACAGACUACGAAUAUUCCUUGGGAGCUAACUUUCGACAUGGAAGUGGGACAUCAUGAGGAUCGAACACGGGAACCAACCACGCGAAUGCAUAUCGCUUCGAAAGAUAGUCUGGAAAUGACAGUAACCAAGACGUGCCUCGAUGUUGUGCAAAACCUCGGCAAAGCUUUUUCCGAAGCUAUUAAACGAGACGGUAUAAUAAAAUCGGAAUUUCAAGCACCGUACUUGAUGCGAAAUGAUACUGGGCAGGAUGUGAAGGUAAACUUUGUGACCAGUAAUUUCCAUAUCCACCGUUCGCAUCUCAGUUCGUCACACUUUGAUGAGUUGAUUGCGUUCGAACAGUCUACUGACGAUGCAGAGACGGUAAGUAGCUGUAUCGUGAUGCCAAAUGGUCGGUUGCAACUGCAACCAAAGCAGCACAGCGCUGAACGAAACACGAUCCUCACGGUGCUGGAUGGUAAGGAUACCAGCAUGUUUGUAAAAGUGAUUGUCGGUGAUACGGACAAGGAACUGACGCUUCCGGUGUACAAAUCGGACAAGCGAUACUUUCCUCUGUUUCGGAGUACGGGACAAGAUCCGUGGGGAAUUAUUUCCGAGGUGAAAAUCGAGCACGGUUGCACGGUAUUAGUUCUGCGUAGCAUUGUGCAAGUGUACAAUCACUUUACGGUGCCAAUCGAUGUAUUCCAGUUUAUUAACCAUGAAAAGUAUCAUGUCGGUGAAGUACGAGCUGGUGGAUAUCUUAAUGUUCCGCUCUACUACUUAUACAAUGAUUCGAAAGAUUUGCACUUUUCGAUCAAAGGUUAUCACACAUCUGCACAGGGCAUUAGCUGGAAAGAGUCUCCAAACAAUCUAGAGCUGAUGAAAGCCCUGCAGUGCGAUCCAAUAAAAACGUUUGAACCGUUCUAUAUAAACGCCGUACGGCAACGGCAGGAUGUGUUUUAUGAAAUUACGUCCAACCAUACUAUGAUGAGUGCAUGCUACGAAAUUCAUCUGCGACCACCAUUUAUGCUCCGUAAUGCAUUGCCUAUCGGGCUAACCAUAUCCGUAGCCGGCUGUUCUGUGCGCCGGGAAAUGGAUACGGGUCUGGUAACCAGUAAUGAGAGUAUCUCGAACGCCUCGACCGUUGCGGGAGAAGAUUACUUAGACUAUGGAGAAAAACUAUUGCGUCCUGGGGAAUUACUUCACCUUCCGACCGUAAAAACAUCCGCAAGAUCAACAACAGAAACGUCUUACAUUGUGGCACGGCUGGUAGAUUAUCUAGAUAAGGACUGGUCGUGUACUACAGACAUUCCUGCUCAACCGCCUGAGUUUGGAGUAUGGACUUUUAAUGCGUAUGAUUCAGUCGAAGUGAUGUCAUUGCAACUAGGUGUUAAGUAUGAAAAUCGUUCCGAUGGCUUGACCUUAAUUGUGUACUGUCCGUUUUGGAUGCUGAAUAAAACAGGAUUAAUGCUAAGCUAUCGGGCCAACGACGAGAAUACCAACAUUCUCUAUCAUCCCCCAGAGUACGAAGGUCCGAUAUUGUUUUCCUUCCGCGAGAAGGUGUUUUUCGGCAAAAAGAAAGCCGCCAUUCGUGUCGACACCGGAGAGUGGAGUGACAAGUUUUCGCUGGAUGUGGCCGGAUCAAGCGGAGUGGUGCAGUGCCAGGCUAACAACAUGAUCUACCAGAUCGGAGUAAAUAAUACGCUGACGCAUAAUUCGCUCACCAAGCAGAUUGUGUUUAUGCCAUACUUCGUGCUAAUCAAUCGGGCCAGUUUCGACGUCGAAGUGCAGGAGCAUCUGCGACCGGGUGAUCCUUGGACAAGGGUGCGAGUAAACGAUUGCAUCCCGUUGUGGCCAAAGACGGAGGACAACCGAAUGUUGAAGGUGAAAAGUUGCGAUUCACCCGAGGUGACGGCUCCGUUCAUGUACACCGUCGUGCAGUGUACGUUACUGCAGCUGCGGAAUCAAUAUGGAGGCAUCAACGUGGACGUGCACGUCACUGAGGGUGCAAUAUACAUCACCUUCACUGGCUAUUAUCCCGGCGACGCGCCUGCCCUGCUGAUGAACAAUACCGGGGAACUUUUCACGUUUAAGGAAAAGGGUGAUAUUAACGAAAAAAGACUGGAGCCACAGGAAAUGGUGUUGCACACGUGGGUUGAUCCAGCCGGCGAGCGCAAAAUACUGUGGGAAAGCGGCUCCAAGAGCCAGGCGAUCGAGAAUGAUCUUCGACGAGAUGGUAUUAGUGAGUUCAAAACGCGAACCGACAAUGUGGUCUAUUGGGUGUCGUUCCUGAACGGUACCCAGCGUGUGUUGCUCAUCACGGACAACUGCAGCAUAGCGUAUGGUGUCCACAGUGCCAGUCGAUUGGAUCAGGUGACCCAAGAGGUAAAGCUGGAAAUUCACGGCAUCGGAUUGUCGUUGGUCAACAACGCCAAACCGAUCGAUUUGAUGUACAUCGGUAUCGCUAGUUCCGGCGUCAUUUGGGAGGAACAGAAACGCUCCGGACGGUUCCGGCAGAUGAAGAUUCAGGAAACGCUCAACAUGGAACAUCAGUACCAGCAAUACUUGCGCGAUCAGGAAAUCGGAACGGGGGCGAACAAACGCUACUGGCUGGAUAGCGAAAGGAAGUGUGAAAUUGAGUUCCAAAACAUGAUCAUCCGCAAGUCGACCGAUCGCACUGUGAAGCGUACCUUCUAUCCGGGCUUGUGGGUGGAAAUCAAAUCGUCCAGCCAUCAGCUGCAGUUCCACGCGAAGGUUAAUCGCAUUCAGAUCGACAACCAGCUGGUGGACUGUAUUUUCCCGGUGGUCUUGGCCCCGGUUCCACCGCCUAAGAGCGUGGCUGCAACGACCGAGUUUAAGCCGUUUGUCGAGAUGAGUAUGGUGCAGCGCAUUAUUCCACACUCGAACGUUAAGCAGUUCAAGUACCUGCGGGUGUUGAUGCAAGAGUUCCACGUCAAGGUUGAUUUACUGUUCAUCAACGAGAUCUUUGAAAUGAUUAGCACGGAAAUCACCGAAGCUGAUGCGAAACGUCUGUUUGCCGAGGAUCUCAAGCUUCAAACGCAACCGCUUCACGCCCACGUGGCCAUACAAUCGCAGCAGGAAGUGAAAAAUUUCUACGAUAAUCUGCACCUGGGACCGCUCAAAAUACACGUUAGCUUUUCGAUGGCGGGUUCCGAGUCUAAGGCGUUGCCUGGCAUCCUGUCGACCAUUUUGCAGGGUGUUGGCGUUACGUUAACCGAUAUCAACGACGUGGUGUUCCGUUUGGCAUUCUUUGAGCGGGAAUACCAGUUCCUGACCCAACGCCAGCUCGUGUCCGAGUGUGUCACACACUACAGUGGCCAGGCAGUGAAGCAGUUGUAUGUGCUGGUGUUGGGGCUGGAUGUGAUCGGUAAUCCGUACGGUUUGGUGGUAGGAUUUACAAAGGGCGUGGAGGAUUUGUUUUACGAACCGUUCCAGGGUGCCAUCCAAGGUCCGGGAGAGUUUGCCGAAGGUCUCGUGCUUGGCGUAAGGUCCUUGUUUGGUCACACAGUUGGGGGAGCGGCUGGAGCUGUUUCAAAGAUUACGGGUGCCAUGGGCAAGGGUCUGGCGGCGCUGACGUUCGAUGAUGACUUCCAGAAAAAACGGCGUGAUGCGAUGAAUAAAAAACCAGCCAGUCUGCAGGAGGGCAUUGCUCGCAGUGGAAAAGGACUGGUCAUGGGUGUGUUUGAUGGUGUGACGGGAGUGUUCACCAAACCCAUCAGUGGUGCCAAGGAGGAAGGAGUGGAGGGAUUCUUCAAGGGUCUGGGCAAAGGUGCCGUUGGACUGGUGGCUCGACCUAUCGCCGGUGUCACCGAUUUCGCGAGUGGGAGCUUCGAUGCUGUCAAACGUGCGACGGAACUGUCGGAUGAAGCUAUACGUUUGAGACCUCCACGAUAUUUGCACAAAGAUGGUAUCGUCCGUCCAUACAACAGAAAGGAAGCUGAGGGAUGCAAAUUACUGAGGGAAAUUGACAAAGGGAAAUUUGCUGCCACGGACGCGUACGCCUACUACGAAGUAAUUGUUGACAAUAAGGAUGUCGUAGUGCUGACGGAUAGCCGCAUCAUAUAUGCUACUAAGAGCGAAAUGUUUGGUGGAUGGCAGUCUGAGUGGACGCAUAAAUGGACGGAAAUCCUGAGCAUUUCGACGUUAAACGACGGAGUGGAAAUGCUGCUGCGCAACAAGGACGGCAAAAAUGCGCUAAAGAAAAUGUUUGGCUCAUCGGGACCGAGCAAAAAAGUUCUCCUCAUAUCGGUGGCAUCGAGGCGAGCAAGGCUGGCCGAAGAAAUGCAACAGUUGCUACCGAAAGCAAACGUUUGAGAAGCAAUAUGGUUGAAUGGAUCAAAUUGAAUUAAUUAGUCAGUGCUUAGCGAAUAGUUAGCGAACUCACGCGCGCGCUUAUCUCAUACACAUAUUUUCAUAUAUAAAUGUUGUUACCUGCUGCGAAACAAUAUUUCCCUAUGAAAUCCACGUCCCACGAGCUGUUCUUAUGCAAUGCCAUCGACAUUCUGUUUCCCACAGUCCUCUUAUUUACACGUACAAUGUUUAAAUACAAUGUUUCACUGUAGCUUGUGCUUAUGUGGCAUUAUGAAACGUUUAACCAACACUAAAUCAAUCAAGAGUACAAACGCAUCGACUUCUUUUUAUAACUUCGUUAGUGCUAGAUGCUACGGUACAAUCGAUUGUUGUUUUUGUAAGCGGAUGUAAUGGACUAUUGCUUCUAUUGUUUUUUUUUUUAAAUCGAACCCUACUUUGUAAUGAAAUGAAAUGAUCGGAACCAAGAUAAUAUACAAAUCUUUACUUGUGGGCUAA